AUGUCGGCACAGUACGAGUAUGGCGAGCCGCGGUUGCGAUCGCGCAGAACCAAGAGCGUCACGAGGGCGGAGGAGAUUCGUAAAGCGGAACAGAUGGUCCGCAGGUCGCAGCCCGACAAGCCAUGCCACCGGCCAAGAGAUAGCCUCUUUUCGUGGAGCUCCGGCUUCGAUAACUUCACAGGAUUCGUCAACUGGGGCUUCCUACUGCUGAGCAUGGGCGGUAUCCGGUUACUGCUGGAAAAUUUCAUAAAAUACGGGAUCAGAGUCGAUCCUCGGCAGUGGUUCUUCUUCCUCAGCGGGAGUAAUGGCAGCGAAGAAUACCCCUCGUUGUUGCUGAUCUUCUAUUCUACCGUGCCGGUGGCCCUUUGUCUGCUGAUCGAGAAGGGACUGUCUGUGGAUAUCAUAGCUCACGGGCCGGGAAUGGUGUUCCACGUCGUAAACCUCGUAGUGAUGGUACUGAUGCCGAUGGUGGUCAUCCACGUGAAGGAUUCCGGAUUCAGUCUGUUCGGCGCAAUGUACGUGUGUAUGCUGUACGCUAUGCUCUUCCUCAAGUUAUGGUCAUACGUGCAAGUGAACAUGUGGUGCCGCUUGAGUAUUCGGGCGAACGCGGCGCAAAGCAGAACAAGACGUCGGUCGCUGUCUUAUAAUAGUCUUCAUUCUUCCGGCGUUAAACAGAAUGGCGACGCCAUCGACAGCUUAAAGGACGAGAUGAACGGCCGCAGAAGUUCAUUGGUGCAAUAUCCCGACAAUCUGAACUUCGCCGACCUUUACUACUUUAUCUUCGCGCCCACCCUGUGCUACGAGCUGAACUUUCCCAGGACACAGAGGAUCCGAAAGAGGUUCCUCAUAAAACGGAUAGUGGAGGUCGUCGUGGGAUUGCAAGUAGUGAUGUCGCUCUUUCAACAGUGGAUGAUACCUUCCGUGAAGAAUUCAUUAAUCCCCUUCAGCAAUAUGGACGUAGCCAAGGCCUCCGAGCGUCUUCUCAAGCUGGCGAUACCAAAUCAUCUAGUGUGGCUUUGUCUUUUCUACUUGUCAUUUCACUCGUUCCUCAAUCUGAUGGGUGAGCUGCUGCACUUCGCGGAUCGGAAUUUCUACUGUGACUGGUGGAACGCCAACAAUAUCGACACGUUCUGGAGGACUUGGAAUAUGCCAGUACACCGUUGGGCCGUGCGACAUCUUUAUAUUCCGGUCGUAGAGAUGGGUUACAGUAAGACUACAGCGUCGGUGACCGUCUUCUUUAUCAGCGCUUUCUUUCACGAGUAUCUUGUAAGCGUACCUUUAAAGACAUUCAAGAUAUGGGCCUUUAUGGGUAUGAUGGGACAGAUACCACUGUCGGUGCUGAGCAAGACGGCCGAACAUUACUUAGGCGCUAGAUACGGUAACAUCGUCGUAUGGGCGAGUCUCAUCAUCGGGCAACCACUUUGUAUAAUGAUGUAUUACCACGAUUACGUUGUAACCCAUUUCGGUGAGUCUCUGAUCGAGGACUACUCUGUGGUAUAAGCGGUGGUAAUGAGAUGGAAAGGUGAAAGUUCAGGGAAACUUCCAAAGAUAAACUUGCGAUUUACUUCUUUUUUUUCAAUUCUCUGCGUUAUUGCGUUUGUUGAUAAUGGAAUACAUACAGCUUCCAGUUUGCGCUUUACGUGCAAAGUAAUAUACUUUAAAUUCUAAAGUUGUCGUGCCAUAGUUUCAUCAUCGUGAUUCACACAUUAUGUGCGUGUGCCUUAAAUAUCACAUCUCGUUGAAUAGAAUGUUGAACGCUGCUAGCACAAUACAAAUUGAAACACGAUGAAACGAAACUCGAAUUGACGGACACUAUUCAAAAAUAUGAUUACGUCUCACAGAAACUGUACACACAUACAUACAUAAAUACAUACAUACAAUUGUACAUACACAUAUACAUAUAUAUAUGUAUAUAUAUAUAUACAUAUAUAUAUAUAUAUAU